GCAGGCGGCAGCUGACAGGCGCUUUUCUUCAGACGGCUGCGGCUGGAGCCCAGCGAAGCGGGCGGCCUCCAGCUCGCGUCCCCGUGUCCCGGCCCGCGAAGUUCCAGGGCGCCGGGGCAUGGAAGAGGGGAAGAUGGACGAGAAUGAAUGGGGUUACCACGGCGAAGGCAACAAGAGCCUUGUGGUGGCCCACGCGCAGCGCUGUGUAGUUCUGCGUUUUCUGAAGUUUCCUCCAAAUAAGAAGAAGACCUCAGAAGAGAUACUUCAGCAUCUGCAGAACAUAGUGGACUUUGGCAAAAAUGUCAUGAAAGACUUUUUGGGGGAGAACUAUGUUCAUUGUGGGGAAGUUGUUCAGCUGCCUUUAGAGUUUGUGAAACAGCUAUGCUUAAAAAUACAGUGUGAAAGACCAGAGUCUCGUUGUGACAAGGACCUGGACACACUCAGUGGUUAUGCUAUGUGCCUUCCCAAUUUAACUAGACUUCAGACCUACCACUUUGUGGAGCACCGGCCGAUUCUGUGUGUAGAGAUUAAGGUAGCAACUGGAAAGUGGAAGAAAAUAAGUAAAUACUGUCCCCUCGACCUCUACUCAGGAAACAAGCAGCGCAUGCACUUUGCCUUGAAGAGUCUGCUGCAGGAGGCGCAGAACAAUCUGAGGAUAUUUAAGAAUGGCGAGCUGAUUUAUGGUUGUGGUGAUGCCCGGAGCCCUGCGGCUGACUUGAAGGAGCUUGCCCACCACUUGAAGCCCUUCUUCUUCCCUUCCAAUGGCUUGGCCAGUGGGCCUCACUGCACGAGGGCCGUGAUCCGGGAGCUGGUGCGUGUUAUCACGAGGGUGCUGCUGAGCAGCUCAGACAAAGGCCGAGCAGGUGCCCUGAGGCUUGGGCUCCAGGGCCCACGUGUCUGUGAAGCCAGCCCUUUCAGCAGGAGCCUACAUCACCAAGGAAAAAACACCCCAGAGCACUCGGGGUUACCGAAGGGCUGUCUUCUAUACAAAACCCUCCAGGUACAGAUGUUGGACCAGAUGGACAUCGAAGGCCUCUACCCUCUAUACAACCGGGUUGAGCGCUACUUGGAGGAGUUUCCUGAGGAGAGGAAAACAUUACAGAUAGAUGGGCCUUAUGAUGAAGUAUUUUACCAGAAGCUGCUUGAUCUGUCUACUGAAGAUGAUGGGACAGUGGCCUUUGCAUUAAGGAAGGUGCAGCAGUACCGGGUAGCUAUGACCGCCAAGGACUGUUCCAUCAUGAUCACACUCUCCCCUUAUUUACAGGGCACAAGCUCUGACCAGAGGCCUGUUAUCCCUUCAUCAAGGUCCCGGCUGGCCUUCUCUGUGUCUGUACUGGACCUCGACCUCAAGCCCUAUGAGAGCAUUCCUCACCAGUAUAAAUUGGACAGCAAGAUCGUCAACUAUUACUCAAAGACUGUGCAUGCCAAAGAUGACACUGUGAGGUCGACUCGGUUCAAGGAACAUGAAGAUUGCACAUUAGUUCUCCACAAGGUCUAACUUUUUCCUCUGCGGUGUCUUUGAAACUUGAAUGUGAAAGUUGAAUGACAGAGCUAUUUUUGGUUGUGUUGGGUGACUUGGCUGUGAAUGUUUUUGCUUUUAACCCCUGCUGAGGUUAGACUGCCUCUCAGAGACAAGGAAUUGAAGAGCACUAGAGUCUUCUAGGACAAGGAAUGUAGGACGUGAGUGCUGUGUCCCAGCAAGCCAUCUGUUUUCUUAGAGUGGAAGUGUCCGUUAAACCCAGGAAAACACCCUGGAUAGUUCUUCCAAGCAGAGCUCACGUCUAAUUCUCUAAUGCAAAAAGCCUUAUUAUUAAGACCCAAGGUUUGGAUCUCCUACCACCAGACUCUUGACAUAAAAAACUUGAAUUGU